GAACCCAUUCAAUAAAACUCCAAGUAAGCACCACACCCUUGUCACAAGUCAAGAAUACAGCCUAGGCUACAGGUCCAGACAGAUUUCGUCUUUAAGUUUGCAGAGUAAAACCAGUCUAUUAAGAUGGCGUCUUCUCUUUUUACAGCCGAAGAAAUUGAAAAUUACAGGAGGACAUUCUCUUCAUUUUAUGACAGUAAUGGUGAUGGCUUUAUCACGAGCGAAGAGUUGGGUGCUGCGAUGGAACAAUGUGGAUGUGGAUUUACUGAGGAGGAAAUUAAAGAAAUGGUAACAAAAGCCGAUACGACCAACGACGGAAAAAUUGAUUUUGAAGAAUUUUUGAUGAUGAUGGCAAGAACACAAGCGGAAUCCACAUACAGUGAAGAGGAUAUUCGAGGAUGGUUCAAAACACUUGACAAAGAUGACAACGGUUGUAUCAGUGCUAAGGAGAUGCGAGAGGCUUUGGGUGAGUUUUGUAUCAGCAUGUCUAAAGAGAAAGCUGAUCAAUUGAUCAAGGAAUCUGACAAGAAUGGUGACGGUUUGGUCAACUAUGAAGAAUUCGUCCAGACGUUGAUGGUUCUUAAACUUCCCACUUCAUAAAGACGAUGAACGGCCCAAGCCUGCUUUCCAACAUUCUACACUCUUAAAACCGUCAUAUUGACUAGACCACACUGUAAAAAACGAAGUGCUAAUUUAGCACUUACAGUGCUUGUAUAGUGACUGCACUACGAGUGCUGAUUUUCUAGUUCAAAUUUCAACUAGAAAAUCAGCACUCGUAUAGUGUAGUCACUUUAUACAAGCAUUGUAAGUGCUAGAUUAGCACUUCAUUUUUUACAGUGCAGUAGUCAGCUGGGUGCAACUGAUAUGUCUUGUCACAUUUCUGAUUAUAUUCUAGUCAGAAAUAACUAUGUUCUAGUACAAUACGACUAAAAAAUAGUCAAAUAUGACUAGAAUAACAGUUGCACCCAGCUGACCCUAUUACCUAGUCAUUUUUUUACUGAUUUGUUUUUAGAGUGUAAAAACACCAGAGUCAGAAUGACUAGAUCAUCAGCUGCGGAUGCAACUGAUAUAUCAACAUAAUCUUACUACAUUUAUUCUACUUUAUUGUUAUGGUUUCAAAGUAAUUAAAAAAACAAAAGUUUAAUGAUUAUCUUGGGUAAAUCCUUUGAUUUUUGUAUAGUAUUCCUAAAGGGAGAAUUAUAUCCCUUAUCGGUCAUAUCUCUUAGUUCUUAGAACUUUCCAUUAUCUUCAGUUAGAAUUAAUUCGAUUUUUAAGAACAAAAUUGCUCUAAUCUUUUAAGAUGUUCAUUGUAUUAUAUCUGGCUAAUAAAACUUUAUAAUUUCUACAACCCUGUUUUUUUUUCAAAUAAAUAUUUGUCAAUCUCCAUUUUGAAUGACAUCUAACCAUAAUACACAAUAGUAAAAGUUUGGCGUGGGAAGGAGGGGGGAUGGGCGAUGCAAUGUUGUCUUUUUCCAAAAUAUUACCCACUUAUUAGUUAUAAAACAGGUUUAUGUAUAGCGGCGCUAAAUUUUGGACACAUUUGAGCAGGCUGAAUUGCAUGGACAUAUGAUAUACAUGGCAUGAGUCCACGUUGCAGAGAAACCAUGGAGGCAGCAAUUCAAAAACUUCACCAAGAAUGAUUACCGUUUUGAAAUUGAUUUGAUGCGAAUUCAAUACUAUAGCACUAAAUAAAACGUUGAUACGCGCGAAUGGGUGAUAGACACGUAUUAUCCCUGUGGGUCUCACACAUAUUUUAUUUCAUAGUUUAGCUACAAAUAUAUAUCAUUUCUUUAUUACAUUAAUGUGAAGCAUCAUAAACUUUAUGGAGCAUGCCUCUAUUUAAAAUCUUCACCAACUUCACAAUAAAAGAACGAGAUUCUUCAUAA